GCCAGUUAAGAAGUUCAGUUUCCUUUCGUUCUAAAUAUUUCUCUCGUUUCCUUUUCCGUGAAAAAAAGAGUAUUUACUGCAUUCGUUGGUGGGUGACACGUAACGUGCUGCAACCUGCUUCUGUUGGUCCAUGUGUAAUAAUAUGACUAUUUCAACUAGGUGGCAUCCCUUUACAAUUUUCUCUGUAAAUUUUUGUACUUAAAUAAUAUUUUCUACCAUGGCUUCAGUAGUUGAUCAGACACCAAAUACUGCCAAAUCUUUAAAUGAUAUUUUUAAUAAAAAUUCAGUACAGCCAGAGUUUGCUGAACAAGUGAAGAAACCAACUGAAGAAGGUGCAUCAAAUUUAAAUGACAAAACAGCCUUAGUAAGCCCAACAGCAGAACAAUUUGAUGAAUUAAUUCAAAAGUUGGCUCUUCGACUUGAGAAUGGUCAUGGAGAAGUUAUAUAUAAUAUUGGAACUGGAGACAAUGGAAGCUGUGGUUUGUCAGAAGAAGAAAUGGAUGCUUCUGUCGCAACAUUGGAGAGUAUGGCUAGUACCUUAGAAGCAGAUUGCGUUUUACUUCGAAAGCAUAAAGUGGAACAAGGUCAUGUUUCUGAGUAUCUUGUUCGCAAAAGAGCAAAGGACAAUGACUUUGUCGAAGUGCGAGUUGCUGUUAUAGGGAAUGUAGAUGCUGGCAAAAGUACUUUACUAGGUGUUCUUACUCAUGGGGAACUAGAUAAUGGACGUGGGUUUGCUCGCAUGAAACUUUUUCGUCACAAGCAUGAAAUGGAAUCUGGGAGGACAUCUAGUGUUGGGAAUGAUAUUUUGGGUUUUGAUAGUUGUGGGAAUGUGGUCAACAAGCCUGAUAGCCAUGGUGGGCAACUAGAUUGGGUUAAAAUAUGUGAAGCUGCUUCUAAGGUUAUUACAUUUAUUGAUCUGGCAGGGCAUGAAAGGUACUUAAAGACUACUAUAUUUGGAAUGACUGGUCAUAUUCCAGAUUUCACCAUGUUAAUGGUGGGUGCAAAUGCUGGAAUUGUUGGUAUGACCAAAGAACACUUGGGGCUUGCACUUGCUCUAAAUGUCCCAGUAUUUGUUGUUGUAACAAAAAUUGACAUGUGUCCAGCAAAUAUUUUACAUGACACAAUGAAGCUUCUUGUAAGAAUUUUAAAAUCUCCAGGUUGCAGGAAAAUACCUGUCAUUGUACAUUCUGAAGACGAUGUCAUAGUUUCAGCUACAAAUUUUGUUUCUGAAAGACUUUGUCCAAUCUUUCAAGUUUCAAAUGUUACUGGAGAAAAUCUGGGGUUACUGAAAAUGUUUUUGAAUUUACUAUCUACAAGAAUGCCAAAUUCAGAUUCAGAACCAGCUGAAUUCCAGAUUGAUGACACAUAUUCUGUUCCCGGUGUUGGAACUGUUGUAUCAGGCACAACUUUAAAGGGCACCAUCCGAUUAAAUGACACCUUAAUGUUGGGACCUGAUCCUCUGGGACAUUUUCAGCCUGUAGCAGUGAAAUCAAUUCAUCGAAAGCGAAUGCCUGUUAAAGAAGUUCGUAGCGGACAAACUGCAUCAUUUGCUCUGAAAAAGAUUAGAAGGUCUGAUAUCAGAAAAGGAAUGGUUAUGGUAUCGCCUGCCUUAAAUCCAGAAGCAUAUUGGGAGUUUAAAGGAGAAAUUUUAGUUCUUCAUCAUCCAACUACAAUCAGUCCAAGAUACCAGGCCAUGGUUCACUGUGGAAGUAUUCGUCAGACGGCUUCUAUUCUUAGCAUGUCCAUGGAUUGUCUCCGAACAGGUGAUAAAGCACUUGUGCAUUUCCGUUUUAUUAAAAAUCCUGAAUAUCUUCGAGUAGGAAUGCGAAUGGUAUUUCGUGAAGGAAGGACGAAAGCUGUUGGCAACAUCUGUUUACUUAUCCCCAAUGCUCCUCCAUCAAAUAACAUAAUGCGCUCAAAACCUAUCAAAAUGAGACCGUCCUCUGCCAGUCCAACAGAAAUGCUUGGAAAGCCAGAAAAUGAACCUCGAAAACCCAGCAAAAGAAGUAGAGGUCGUCAUCGAGGCAAUCGACCAUUUGCUCGUAUUCCUGUAUAAAUAUCACCAUUCAAAAUCUUUGGACCAUCUGUUGUAUUUACUAAGCUAUUAGUGAAAUUAAGCACAAUGUUCAUUGUUUUAUGUUUUUAACAUAAAUUAUUUCCCCAUCGAUUGUUAUUAUUAUUAUUUUUUUUUUCCAUUUUGAUUGAACUUUAUUUAGCCCUUGCCUAUUAGCAUUGCAUUCAUCAUAGUUGUAAAGAAAUUUUUAAAAAGCUGUUUAUUUUUGCAAACUGAAGAAAAUGUACAUAAUUAGAUAACUAACUUUUUGACAUAUGUAUAUUAUGUGCAGAAUUCAUUGUUUUAAUUUACAGCUUUAAUAAAUAUCAUCUGUUUUUAAUCAGUGACACAUGAUGUAAUUUAACCAUGUUGACAUUACAAAUAUACAGUCUCAAGUUGCCUUUAUAGAUCCUAUCUAUGCAAUAUUGCCUAGCUCCAGUCUAUGCACUAGAGUAUAGGAGAAAUUUUAUUAAUUUGCAUAUAAAGUGCAUAUCUGAUAUUAAUUAAUAUGUGCUCCAUGUCAGUUUAAUGUUUAUUUAUAGAUUCAUUCAUUGUGACAAGAUUAAUUCUGAUGUUGUUAAAGAGUGUAGAAAGAACAUUGAGAUUCUUGGAGCACUAACGACUAUUUUACAAGAAAAUGUUUUAAUUACUGUUCAAAUGUUGCUUUAAAACCUGAAUAAAAUAUUGAUAAUCUACAACAUUAUUAUGUUUGGCCAGACUUCUUAGCAAUGCAUAGUGACCUUAUAUUAUUAGAUCAUUUAUAUUUUGAUAGUUUUUCAUGUGUUAGAUCUUCAAUAAUAGUUAAAAUGUAAGCAGACGGAGAUUUUGAUUUAAAAUUUAAAUUACAGCUAUGCAAGAAGAAAAUCGAUUUUAAUUAUCCUAAUUAAUUAUUUUUUCCUGUUUUCCUCACAAUUGUUUAGUAAAACUUAAUCAGCAAUAUACUAUUUUUUAAAGAGGAAUGUUUAUUGCACUAUUCAGUAAUAAAUGUGCAACUCAGGUAGAAUUCUUUAUAUGGGAUUUAAUAUAUCAUGUGGCAUAGCAAAGGUAGGUGGUGCUUGAGGUAGAAUUCAAAGCAAUGAUAAAUUAAAUCCAGGUCCAGGUAUUAUUUUUUCACCCCACAUUAGAUUUUACUUUUAAAACUAAUAUAAAUGUAUUGAUGUAUCGCUUCCAUGACAUUUGAUGCAUAUAUAUCUCUUGCCCCCAUGUUGCUAUGCCACUGAAUGUAUUUCGUACUGAACAGGUUUUAAUUUAUUUUAGAAAUUGAGAAAAGAUAACUGACUCACGGGAAUAGUAUUUUCAUUAUUUUAUGUUCCUACUUAAAGGUGCAAAAAAAAGUUUAACCAAAGAAGCUUUAGCAAAUGAAGUUUAAUGAGCAGUGUUUUAUAUAGGAAAGAAAACUGUUACAUUAUCCAUGUUUUCUACUUCUUAACCUAGUGUGCCUAUCUUCUAUGCAAUGAAUAACUGCCUUUUAUAUUUCCUAAUGUAAGAAUAUUAAUUAAACUGUUUUAUUGUGAAAUGUCACACAACAUUUAUUCUAAUAUUUCAAUUUGUAUAUGUGUCUGUAUUUAUAAGAAAAUAUAUUUUUCCUCUUUAAUUGAUAUAAAAUGCAGAUGUUAUUCACUCAAAUAUUCUUGUCAAAUUAUUGAAACUUUCAUAUGUGAUUAAAAACAGUUUAAAUAUUUCUUUUCCCCAAUUUUUGGAUUCAGCUGUUAGGCCUGAAAAACAAUCACAUUAUUGCUACAUUAAAGCUACCAGAUAUACAUUUGAUUAUGCUUCAAAAGUCUUAAAUCUAAUAUAAAUAACCUAUACUUCUUCUGUGUAGCUUUAAUAUAGAACAUUCGCUUCAAAGUAUAAUCCUUAAAAAGUUGAAUGUGCAUUAGCCUAUGCUACUAGAAAUCAUUACUAUAAAUAUUUGUGCAAUUUAAAAACAAAAUUUGUUUUGAUCAUUUAGUGCAAUUUACCAUACAUUUGAGAUCUGAAUUGAUAUUUAGUUUUAAUCUUCAUUGUCAGUUCUUUCAACGAACUGAUAAUGAAUAUUAUAGAAUCUGACUGUUUUAAAUUGAUUCUCCUAGAGAUUUAAAAUUCCUCAAAUAACUUUUAUUUCUUUUAAAACAUAUUUUGAAAAGUUAAAAGAAAAAAAAAUAUGUGAAAAUAAAGCUUUUUAUUAAAGUUACUGACAUUUUUCAUGGGCUUCCAAUAUUAUUACCAUGAGCAAUAAAUGUUUGAUAAUCGUAUAAUUAUUUAUCAACAGAAAAAUUAUUGGAGAUAAACGUUUUAACCUACAGCUGAUUCACUGAAAUUAUUCAGAAAGCAUUUUCUGAUCUUUCUUUUCUUUUCUUUAUAUAUAUAUAUAUAUAUAUAUAUAUAUAUAUGAUUCUAUAAAAAGAAUCUUAAAAUAUUUCUUAAAAACCUAUUAUUUUUUAAUUCCUAUCUAUGCAAACAAAUACUUUAAAAAAAUUUAUGGUGCGCAUUUGUGUUUUCAUACUUAUGGUAUAAAAGUGGAACAACUUUAUGGUUUGCCUAGUAGAUUAAAAAUUCAUACUUCCUUGCUGUGAUCCUAGUUUUAUGAUUGUUAGGGGUUUUUCUACUAGGUUUUCUCUUCCAACCAUUGCAUUAUUUAUUUUUGCAGUGUAAUGGCAAUGCGUGUAAAAAAAGUUAUACUUUGUUAAAAGUGUGAUGUUUUUAAAAAUGCAUAUAAGAGUUUAAAUAAUAAUAAAAUCUUAAACUUUUGA